GCCGCGCGGAGCGGCCGGGACGUGGAUGCGGCCGCGAUCUCCCGCCCCCGCCCCCGCCCCGCUGAGCAGGAGCUGCUCCCGGACAAGAUAUGAGAAAUGAGUGUUGGACGUCGAAGAAUAAAGUUGUUGGGAAUCCUGAUGAUGGUAAAUGUCUUCAUUUAUUUGAUUGUGGAAGUCUCCAAAAGCAGUAGCCAAGAAAAAAAUGGAAAGGGGGAAGUAAUAAUACCCAAAGAAAAGUUCUGGAAGAUAUCUGAGCCUCCCACUGCAUACUGGAACAGGGAACAAGAAAAGCUGAACAGGAGGUACAAUCCCAUUUUGAACAUGUUGCCCAACCAGACAGGGGAAGUACCUGGAUUUUCCAACAUCAGCCAUCUGAAUUAUUGUGAACCUGACCUGAGGGUCACAUCCGUGGUUUCAGAUUUCAACAAUUUGCCAGACAGAUUUAAAGACUUUCUGCUGUAUUUGAGAUGUCGAAAUUAUUCACUGCUUAUAGAUCAACCAGAUAAGUGUGCAAAGAAGCCUUUCUUAUUGCUGGCAAUUAAGUCCCUCACUUCACAUUUCGAUAGAAGGCAGGCAAUUCGAGAAUCCUGGGGCAAGGAAACUAAUGUGGGGAACCAAACAGUGGUGCGAGUCUUUUUGCUGGGCCAGACUCCCCCAGAGGACAACCAUCCCGACCUUUCAGAUAUGCUGAAAUUUGAGAGUGAGAAGCACCAAGACAUCCUCAUGUGGAGCUACAGAGACACGUUCUUCAACUUGUCCCUGAAAGAAGUACUGUUUCUCAGGUGGGUGAGCACUUCCUGCCCAAAUGCCGAGUUCGUUUUCAAGGGUGAUGACGAUGUUUUUGUGAACACUCAUCACAUCCUGAAUUACUUGAAUAGCUUAUCCAAGAACAAAGCCAAAGAUUUGUUUAUAGGCGAUGUGAUUCACAAUGCUGGACCUCAUCGGGAUAAGAAACUGAAGUACUACAUCCCGGAAGUUGUUUACACUGGCGUGUAUCCGCCUUAUGCAGGGGGAGGAGGGUUCCUCUACUCGGGCCACCUGGCCCUGCGGCUGUACAGUGUAACUGACCGGGUCCUCCUCUACCCCAUUGAUGACGUUUAUACUGGAAUGUGCCUUCAAAAACUCGGCCUCGUUCCAGAGAAACACAAAGGCUUCAGGACAUUUGAUAUAGAAGAGAAAAACAAGAAUAACAUUUGUUCCUAUCUAGAUCUGAUGUUAGUACACAGUAGGAAACCUCAAGAGAUGAUUGAUAUUUGGUCUCGGUUGCAAAAUGCUCAUUUAAAUUGCUAAACUAUAUACAAACUAAAUUUUGCAUAGAAAGACAUAUCUCGAAUAGCUCCCAUGUUGUGCUCUCUCACAUUAGGGGUAAUUUCUAUGUUAAAGCAUCAAAAUUGCCUUCAUAAAUAGUGUCCAUUUGAGGGCUUCCAAACCCUACUGUGUGGUACUUUCUGAAGAGGGAGAGCAGAUGGGUUUUUUAUGGAGGUUGUCGGGAGACACUUGGCUCUGACCCUUCCUGCUGUCCAGCUCGCCCUAGUUUCUGAUUUACCCUCCUUGUUAUCUGAAAUCAUGUUCCUGGAACUUGACCACUUUAAGUUAUUUUUGUUUUACCUUCACAUGAUAAUAUUCCUAUUUCCCAUUAUAAUGACUGAAUUAUCUGCAAUUUAGGUGUCCAUACACCUAUUGGCUACAAAUGUAUUGUUUGGACUCUGGUUUUUGUGAAAUGGAAUUAUGUUUAUUUUCAUGAAAUUUGGGCUCAUUUUUCAAAUUGUCUAGAAAAAUUGACUUCUGUCAAAAUUUCUUUCCACCCCAACAGUAUUUUGUUAACCUAAUCUAGUGAUUUUACAGAAUGAGAAUCAUCGCCAUGUGGCAUCCAGUUUAUCUUGUUACGGUCUUAUAGUCAUCAGGAGAAAGUUUAACUGUCUUGUAUUUGGUUUGCUGGAUGGUAUCAUAAUAGUUCUCUAUUUUUAGUAUCUGAAAAUAAUGAGUGUAAUUCCAUAAUCUUCAAACUGAAGAUUGACCUGACUCCGGCAACCAUAUUAUGUUUCUGAUUUUUCAUUGUGGACCAGGAAAGCAUGUGUAACUUUUGAACUUUAAGUGAAAAGACUGAAGUUGCAGACCUUUUCAUGAAUGGUUUGUUGGUUUAAAACUGCAGGAUUUCUAUUCUUGCUGUCUUUUCACAUGUUGCUUAUACAAAAAUAAUUAUUCUGAGUAGCAACUGCUUCCCUGUCUCAGUGUAGAAGUGCCUGUGUUUUUAUUUAUUGUUCAGAUCAAAGACCAAAACAUUUUCUUAAAUAUAUUUUGUGUAAUAUUUUAUUUGUAUACAGUGUUGUUGAUGAUAUAUUUAACUAGAGCAUGAUAUUUUAAGUGUUAAUGUGUAAUGUGUUAAAUAAAGGUAAUUGUUAUUUUUGAAUUUUAAAAUUUGGUUUUGGGGGGGGUGUGAACUACUAGAAUUGAUAAAAUUUUGCCAAACUAUUGCUUAUAUAUACUAUCUUGUAACAUGCUUUCUUGAGAUAUUUUUGUGUUUAUAGAGAUGAGGAUUCUUACCAGAUGUGAUAACUGGGGACUGUAAGAAGUUGGAAAUAAAGUCUUCUGUAUUUUUAAUUGUCAU